AAGGAAAACUUUACAGCGUGCAAUAAGGAUUUAAUUUUUUUUAUGGUAUUUCCAUAUUCCCAGCAUUAAAUCAAAGCAUCAUUUACGUGCAAGGAAACCAAAAAAUGCAAGGAAACAAAUCUAGGGUGAGGGAGAAAGAGAACUGCUUUUCAUUUCUAAAAUCCAAUCAGCCAUUCCAUUUAUGUUGGAGCAAAUCUAACUUCUUGCCCAUAGUACAACAAUUACUAGUUCCUUAUCUGUACCCAGUGUGAUCCUUUACAAAGCCACGCCCACUUCUUUAAAGGUGCUUUCUAAUUGGUAAUCCCACAGGGCGAGGGGACAGCGUGACCAGGCGUUGACGCACAUCAGCGAGACGAUCUUAUUGGACGACAGAACUGUCAGUCAGGGGGAAGGAGGCCGGAUGGGAGGCUGCUGUCAGAAGAGGCAGUCAAACAGAGGUUUCCGUGUCGGGGACUGCGGGAAACUACCCUGCGAGAAGAAAAGGAGCAGCAAGUCGCAGUGAUCGGGGAGACAGCCCGGGCUGAAGUGUGGAGCGGAAGGCUUUACAGUCGAAGUGGCAAUCCGUUUCUCUCUCUUCUUUUUAAAGACAUCUUUUGUUUUUUUUUGUUGUUGUUGAAGAAACAGGCCUUUGGAGAUGGGCGACAAGGCGGGGACCAGAGUCUUUAAGAAGUCCAGCCCCAACUGCAAGCUUACAGUCUACUUGGGCAAAAGAGACUUUGUGGAUCAUCUAGAUCAUGUGGAUCCAGUUGAUGGAGUAUUGCUGGUUGACCCAGAAUACCUUAAAGACAGAAAAGUCUUCGUGACUCUGACUUGUGCGUUUCGGUACGGCCGAGAAGAUCUGGAUGUUUUGGGAUUGUCCUUUAGAAAGGACCUUUACAUCUCCACUUUCCAGGCUUUUCCUCCACUGCCAGAGGAGCAUAAACCACUCAGCCGCCUACAGGAGCGCCUGCUCAAAAAGCUCGGCCAGCAUGCACACCCCUUUAACUUCACUAUUCCUCAGAAUCUUCCCUGCUCAGUCACUUUACAGCCAGGACCAGAGGACACAGGCAAGGCAUGCGGUGUAGACUUUGAGAUCAGAGCUUUCUGUGCCAAAGCUGUAGAGGAGAAAAUUCACAAGAGAAACUCUGUGCGGCUGGUGAUCAGGAAGGUGCAGUAUGCCCCAGAGAAGCCAGGACCACAGCCUAUGAUGGAGACCACCCGCAGCUUCCUCAUGUCUGACCGCUCCCUCCACUUGGAGGCCUCGCUUGACAAAGAGCUCUACUAUCAUGGAGAACCCAUCAGCGUCAAUGUCCAUGUUACCAACAAUUCCACCAAAACUGUCAAGCGAAUCAAAAUCUCAGUGCGACAGUAUGCUGAUAUCUGUCUGUUCAGUACUGCACAAUACAAAUGCCCCGUGGCUCAGGUAGAAGCCGAUGAUCAGGUGUCAUCCAGCUCCACGUUCUGUAAGGUCUACACACUCACCCCGACACUGACCAACAACCGAGAGAAGAGAGGUCUAGCACUGGACGGCAAACUCAAACACGAGGACACAAACCUGGCCUCCAGCACCAUUGUGAAAGAUGCAUCCAAUAAAGAGGUCUUGGGCAUCCUGGUGUCCUACAGAGUCAAAGUUAAACUGGUGGUUUCUCGUGGAGGUGAUGUGGCAGUGGAGCUUGCUUUUGUGCUGAUGCACCCUAAGCCCUCUGAGCAGCCCAGCUCAAGACCACAAUCAACUGUGCCAGAGACGGAUGCUCCUGUGGACACCAACCUGAUAGAGUUUGAGACAAAUAACUUCUCUCAGGAUGAUGACUUUGUGUUUGAGGACUUUGCACGGCUGAGGCUAAAGGGAAUGAAGGAUGAUAAAGAUGAGGAUGACCACUUCUGCUAACCCUGUGUGAAGAGAGGGAGUUGGAUUGAAGGGGCUCGAAGUGUCAGUACUACUACACCACCAUUCCACUAGGCCAAUCGGAAAGAGUGGGAUGCUUACCUUUCUCUCUUUUAUUGUCUUUUAUUUUUCUUUCUAUUGCCCCUCUCUCUACCCCUUUGCAUCAGUGAUGCUGUUGUCUUUAGAUUUUUUGUUUGUUUGGACUUUGUUCUUGUGCAUUAGACAGAGAAAAAACGAAACCCUGUGAGAAGCGGUGGCGUUAUACAGAACUGUCUUUGUGAUAAAACAUCACUGAACAGAGGGUCCAUUAAUUCAGGGGUGUUUUUUUAAAUCUAGUUCAUACAAUCUCUCCCCCCCCAACACCCACCCCUUUUUUUUCGCUGUGGGCAUUAUUAGCUUUGUAAUAUUGUAAUAAAAAAACUUACUUCAGUGUAGAGGAUGUGUGAUAGGAAACAGGAGCUUGAGAACUCAAUAGCUCACCAGAAUAAUUUUUUUUCCAUUUUAUUUUAUAGUUAUGUAAAACGUAUACAUAUCACAAGAAAAUAUAGGAAUGAUUGUUCAGUGUGAUUAAUAAGAGACUACUCAGUAGCCAGUACAAUGCAUCGGACCACAGCAAACUCCUUUAUUAUAGCCGCUGGUCAUGUCAGGUGCGUGCAUGGGCGCGCGCGCAAUACAGUUAACCCAUUAUCUGCAACCUCCUGUGUGGUAUAGCUAUUCUAGGUUUAAAAUUGAACACUUGGUUUAUUUCUAUUUAAAAAUAGACAACUUAUCGGGCUUCGCCAAUUCACAUUUCUUCCCCGUCAUACACAUUCGCCUGAAUAAUUUGUUUUAGUGCUAAUCUCUCUACAAUCUUAGCCCAGUCAAGAGUGCCAAGAUUUUUUUUAUACCUUUUUUUUUUUUUUUUUUUUAUCCUACUGAUUAAAAGCACUUUUAUCAUUUAUGUCAGUGUCUGUAAAGAUGAACUGUCAUACAGGUGUAAUUACAUCCUGGUUCUUCUGCUCCACCUUGUGUUGAAAAGAAAUGCUCUUCUACGGUUUUGUAAGCAGAAAGCAUAAACGUCCCCUCUAUUAAUGAUAUCCAUCUAUGAUCUACUAUUAACCAUCAACUUUUAUUGAUUGAUUAUUGAGUUUUUUUAUGUUUAAUCUAUAUUAAUAUUGUCCAUGUUACUCUCGCUCAUAAAAGUGACCACUGCAUUGAAAUGAAUCAUAUGAACGCAACAAAUGCUUUAGUUGAAAGCUUGCCCAUCUUGUUUGCAGAACUGAGAAACUACUGAGUUUACCACUCUAUUAUUUUAUUAUUAUGAUCACUUAUUGAAAAUGAGAAAAUUGCAUUCUGUUGCAUUGCAAAACCUUUUUUUUUUUUUUUUUUUUAUAUAUGUAAAGUUAAUGUCAAUAUUAAACUAACAAGAAAUGUCAUUCUGAACACACCAUUUUCUGUAUAUUGCUUUUAUUAGAUAGUACAGCUGGUCUCGGAUGCAUCGUGCUCCAUGUACAUGCGCUUAGGCUUUCAAGUUAUUUUAAAUGUUGUGGGUUCAUUUUUGCCUCCAGUCCAGUUCACAUUGUUAUUUGAAUAAUUUUUUACACUCAUUAGUUCAGCCAUCAACACGACAUUUACCAACAUUCUUUAUGUACAUAUUUACACACCAGUUUACCUGCUAUUGAAACAUUUUCAUUUUUGCUACACUUUAGUUGAUUAAUGUACAGUUCACACAGCUCGGAACCUCGUUUUUUUUUUAAAACGCCUGUCAGGAUAUGUUCUUUAAUGGAAGUAACAGGAAAUCGGUGCUGUACAUAAUAAAAGGAAUGGAAAGCUUGACAUUAAGUGAAGGAAGCUUGUUUAAACCAGACUCUAGCUAAAAACAGAAUUUAAGGAAAUAAGCUCCAGGUAACACAUGAGCACACUGUAUGUCACAAUGUUAUUUAUAAUCACAAUAGGAGUUCAAAUAUGCCAUGAAAAACAAAUGAUUGAUUUUAUUUUAUCUAAGGAUGUUUGCAUAUGUGUAAAUUUGUUAACUGUCUGCUGUCAAAUCUUAAAAGGCUUUUUUUUGUUGUUUUUUAUCAUGUAUGUUAUGAAAUGGCAGGGAGAAUAUUUUCAUCAGAUGGUCAGGGAGAAAAAAAAUCAUUGUUCUUAUGUGAAUGCUAUGCUAGAAUGCCGUGCAGUAGGCUUUGAGAACGUUGUGUUGUGAUAGAGAGCUCUCUCAGACCAUCUUCAUGUAAAAUUUUUUUUUUUUUUUUAUUACAACAGAGCCUCAUAUGUUUUGUGAACCAUUUGAGUAUAUAAAAGAAAUAUUAUAUUGUAUAUCUUCCCUUGGAUUCUGUAAGGUCUAUCUAAGGAAAACGCACGCUGAUGUCGGUUUGUAGACUAAUAUUGUAUCAUGUCACCCUUUUUUUUUUGUUUCUUUUUAUUUGAAAGUUGAUUUUUAAGCUACUUUUACUCCUCGAUACUACUAAAAAUUGAUAUUCUGAAUAUAUACAUGCAUUCUACCUGGUAAUUUAAUUCACAAUAAAUUAAAGAGGAAAUAUAUUAAUAUGAAUUUCAAAAUUCUAUAUAAGCAAUAUGUUAUUUUAGUCAAUAAAAAGGUAUAUAAAAAAACACAAAAAAAAAGGAAAAUUAAAAAAAAAUCAUGAAAACAAUGGGAAAUAUAUGUUGCUUCUUUAUUUUGUACGCGGUUUUAGAAAAUAAAAAAAAAAAUUUAAAGAAAAGAAA